AGCAUGAUAUUGAAAUGUUAGAUCCUAGAGGACGUACCUCAUUACACCUUGCAGUUGCUUUAGGGAAUCUUGAGAGUGCCAGAGUACUUCUGCGUCAUGGAGCAAAUGCAAAUGCUGAAAACAAAGGCUGUUGGUCAGGUAAAUCUGAAUUUUGUCUUUGACUGAAUGCUUGAAUAGUGAUUGAUUUUAACCCUAUUAUCAUACUAUUACUAUUGUGGAAUUUUUUUUAAAAAAGGGUAAUUGAAAAAGAAAGCCAAACAAUUCAGUGAACUUUAAAUCAGAUUGAUUUAGGUCAGGAUUUACAUAGUAAAUAAGCCUUACACUUCUAACAAAAAAUAUUGUUCUAGAGAUAUAUUAUGAUAUAAAGUUGAAAUGGUACUAAUUUGUUUAUAAAUGUUUAUGUUUUGAGAUAUGACAUACAGCAUACAUAGGAAAUCCAAUGGCAUUGUUAAAUGUCUAUUCCAAUUGUGUGAUGUUUCCUGAAGUGGGGAAGCACAGCUUUUGGGAGAUUCUAGUAGCAGGGAAUGGGAGAUAUAAAAAACGAGAAACUCUAGGGUAUUUUAAAGUUUUUUGAAAAAUAAAAAAAAGAAGCUGCUUUUGGGCAGUCAGGGGGCUAAUGAUUGCUACCAUUUUCGGCUUGUCGGAAUAAUGAAUUAGGACAAGUAAAAAUAUAAAAACAACAUGUUCUUGUUUCAAUUCAGUUCUCCAUGAAGCUGUGUGCACUGGUGAUCCAGAGAUAGUCCAGCUUGUACUUCAGCACAGAGAUUUUCAGCGUUACUCCAAGAGAACUGUAGGUGUCCCCGAUCUUCUCCAGAGACUACAGGAGGUUGGUUACGGCUGCUGAAAUUACUCCCAUUAAAAUAAAUCAUAAUUUUAAUUUUAUUUUUAAAAAUAUUAUUUCUUACUUAGUUCUUCUAUAAAAUAAUAAUUUCUUAUUGCUGGGUUAGAUGUACAAUUAUAUUGGCAUGUCUUUUUUUUUUCAUUUAAAAAAUGUAUUUCAGACCCCAGAUUUCUAUGUGGAAAUGAAAUGGGAAUUUACUAGCUGGGGUGAGUGUUUUAUACAAGUUCAAUUAAUUUUUUAAAUGAAAAAUUAACAGUUGUGAUUGCAGCUAACAGUGCUUUUGCAAACCUUUCAAAAUUUUUUUGCAAGUGCAGAACAAUAUAACUGAAGUAUUAUAUCAAAUUCAAUAUAAACGAGUCAAAUUCCAAUGCUUGAAAGCUGUCUAAGUGUAAAUUUAAAAGUUUAUUAAUAUUUUGCGUUGGUGCCUAAUAUAUAAUAAUUAUGGACUAUUCUACUACAUAAGUGGUAUGUGUUAUUAAACAAAUACUUGCCUGUUUCAGUGCCCCUUAUUUCUCGAAUGUGUCCUAGUGACACAUACAAAGUCUGGAAGAAGGGUUCCAGUGUGCGUAUUGACACAACUCUUCUUGGCUUUGACAAUAUGACCUGGCAGAGGGGUAGCAGAAGUUACAUUUUCAAGGUUACAGGUUAGGAUGAUAAUAAGAUAAGUAAAAAGAGAACAUUAUGAUUAUUUUAUUAAAGCAAAGUUUUCUUUAAAUGAGUUAUUUAAUUAUUUGUGUUAGGGGACAACACUGCAUCAAUAAUGGAAGUUGAUCAUGAUUUGAAUGAAGUGUACCAAGAGACUAUCAGAGUCUUGCCCUUAUCUGCUGACCCAUCUGUCAUGAGACCUUCUGAGGAGGCUGUUGCGGCUAGACUUACCUCCCCAGCAAAUACCACUUAUGUUGACACCAACAGAAUUUCAUUUGAAAGGUAAGUCAGACAAAUAAUGCUUCUUGGGAGUUUUCAUGUUAAAUAUCUUUUGUGCUUUUUUAGUACAAAUAUAAUUUUUUUUCCCUCCAGGAAUAACUCUUAUUUUAUGAUUUCCAUUUAUGUGAUUUUAGAAUGUAUUAGAAAAUACAACCAAACAGAAUAUAAAUCUUUAGUUUAAAAAUAUUAUAAAUAAGGCCUACAUAACAAAAAUUAAUUUUUUAAUAAGUUUCUUAAAAACAAAGCAGAAAUUUCAAAUAACCAGAGAUUAUUGUCUCAAAAGUUAUAAUAUUUUCCAUGAGAAUAAUGUGGGAAUAUCUUGUUAAACCAUAAAAUCCUUUCAAAAUAUUCCUACUUAUACCAUAUUCUCUAAAACAAUUUUUCCCAACCUUUUUGAUGCUCUGCUACCCCUACGAAUUGUUUGACUAGAUCUAAGUCUGUCACCCCCUUCAAAAAAAGUAACAAUGCAUUUUUAAAUUGGAAAACAAAAUGAAUUCAAUUUUUUUUUAAAAUCAAUUUAAAAAAAGAACUGCAGAACUUAAGAAAUAAAUAUUUGUUUAACGAUAAUGAAUAAAUGAUAAAUGUAUGACAAAGAAUAUCGAAUAUCAAAACUUUAGCCGAUAGCUCCUCUGUUCUUAUUAUUACUUUUCCUCACACCACUUGACAUGUCAGCUUGAUGCUGGGGGUGUGAGCAGCCUAGUUUAGUUUGGAAAAUCCCUUCCUUAAAUUUAUACUUUGUGCAUAAUAUUCUCUUGCAAAUUUAUAAAGAUGCAGCACUCAAGGCUCUCUAAUACAAUUCAGUUAUUUAUUUUUUUAAAUUUUAUUCUUCUUCUGCUAGGAGUAAAUCUGGCAUCUGGGGAUGGAGGAGUGAUAAAACAGAGUCUGUCAAUGGUUAUGAAUGCAAAGUGAGUGGUUUCUUGGUAAAUAUGACCAAGGCAUAUCCUAAAAGUAACAUCACCUUAGGCUUUAAGCAGGACAAAAAAUAUACUUAAAUAUCAUAGUCUAAGCACUGCAAUUUUUUUUUUUGAAAGCCCUGAAUACAAUGUUCAAUUGAUCAAUGAAAUAAAAGAAAGCUGGGCGAAAAGUGUUUGAAAGUAAAAUUGACACAGCACUAAUGGUUAGAAAUAAAUUGGAUAACCUUAUCAUACCUCUAUAGAAUGUAACCCUGAAGCAAGGACAAAUAUCUCCUAUUAUUAGCGGAUGCAAAAUUUUCAUGUUCCACAUGUUUACUCAGUUGGAAUCUAUGUAAUUUUAGAAAUUAGCUCUAAGAAUUAUGAAUUUUAGACAAUGCAAGAUCUGGAGCUCGCUAAAUUUAUGAUGUUCUUAAUUUUAUAAUGGUUUUAUUGAAAACCAAUUAGUCCUAGAAACUCAUAGAUUUGCACACUGAAUUGAUAGACACAGCCCAAUUUUCUGAUGUCACCUAUGGGUUCCUCAACUUACUUUAUCAAAUGGACUUUAUCACAUGUGACCAGGUAUUUACUGCAAACAAUGUAGAACUUGUCACCAAAACCCGUACAGAACACCUGGCAGGUAAAGACAAGCAGAAGGCCAAAAAGUCCAGCAGUAAAACUCCACUAGAAUCAUUCCUUGGCACAGCAGAAGAGACGAUGAGCUCUACAUCCAGCAGCAGCAGUCUGGAUGGGGUAGGUCAAUUAAUUCUGUUCUAAGAAGUUCAACUCAUUCUAUUCAAACAAUGUCCCACAGAUUAUGCUGAAAAUCAACAUGAGAUGGAACAAUAUAUUUCAUUUGUAAAUCUUCUUGGGGAGACAAAAAUAACCAUUAAAUAUCCAAGUGCACUGACAAAUUAGAAAAUAGUAUUUUUCGGCUACUACAAAAAGAAUAUAUAUUUUUUUACAUGAUAAUAAAAUUGUGGGAGUGUCCUUAAAAAAUUGAUUCCAGGGGUUGAACUGGCAUAGAUUUACACUUCUUUAUAAAAAAUUUUUGCAACCUCGCAUUUAAUGAACAUUACAUAGCUUUUAAGAAAUUUUAAAAAUGUAUAUUGAUGUCAAUUUAAAAUUUUCAAGUUUAAAGGGAAUUUGUGAAAUUUUCUGCUGACAACGAUAAAAGAUAGUAAUUUUAAUAUUUCACAAUUUAAUCCUAACCACAUUUAUUUACCAGUUAUUUAAUUGUUAUGUGGUCCUUUGCUUUCCAGAUGUCAACAGUCACCUCCUACAACCCUGGCAAUAUCACACCCGAAGAGUAUUUCAGCAAAUUAGUUGACCUGGGAGACAAAGACAUAGGUCGACCUAAAGAGCAGUCCACCAAAGUUCAAAAGUUCAAGGCCAGCCUGUGGCUAUGUGAAGGCUACCCACUGUCAUUGCAGGAGCAGGUUAUCCCUAUCAUAGACCUCAUGGCUCAGAGCAAUGCUCACUUUGCAAAGUUGAGGGACUUUAUCACUUUACAGUUGCCAGCUGGCUUCCCUAUUAAAAUAGGUCAGUGAGCAGCUUGUGUUUUUACAUUUAAUUUUAGAAGAGUUUUUAAUGUCAUUUAUGCUAAAGAUGGAGUCGGGAGCAGGGCACAGUAUGGGCUCAUGAACAUAUCACAUUUUUAAUUCAAUUAAGCUGAUUGGAGAUGCACAUUCUGCAUGAGGGACUGCAUUCAAGCCACGUGAAGUAAAUAAAUAGUGGAACAAGAUAUGUCUAGGGUAGAAAAAAAAAAGAAAGGACAAUUAAACUGAUGUAAUUGCUAGACACCUUCUUGAGCAGACAAUACAAAACUAGAAACAACAGAUGCUUUAAAUUUAAAAUAGAAAAAAAAAACUUUUGUUUUGGAAAAUCUCAAUAAAGUCUACUUUCAGAACAGGCAGCACUCUCAUAAUUCACAUUUCCUGUAAAAUUUAAUUAUGUUAUUUCCCAAAUUGAAAAUAAGCAUGUUCCUAAACCUCUUUGUUCAACACUUUAAAGCAGAUUUAUAACAAAAGGGAUGUAUUUAUUUUACUUGCCAGAAAUUCCAUUAUUCCAUGUCUUAAAUGCUCGAAUCACAUUUGGCAACAUCCAAGCCAUUGAAAAUGAAGCUCGUUAUGUGACUUCCAUAAAGACACCAGAAAUGACAACUUGCAGUAUUGAUGAUGAAUGUUUUAGUCCUCCAGGAAAUUACGGCAGGAUUGGUUUGUUAUUGUUUUACUCUCAUUUUAGAAAUAAGAAACUUUUUAUGUUUCACCCAACUUUAGAUUAUUCAUUGUAUUUCUCAAAUGUAGCAUACAAAAAGCUUUAAAUUUACUUUAGAAAGACAUGACAAAUAUAAUUUGAAUUAAAGUCUUUAAACUUUUUAAAAAGAAUUACAUUAUAAGAUAAUUUUCUACAACUAUUUUAGAAAACCUUUUUAUGUUUGGCCCAACUUUAGAUUAUUCAGUGUAUUUCUCAAAUGUAGCGUAAAAAAGCUUUACAUUUACAAUAGAAAGUAAUGAAAAUUUAAUUUUAAUGAAAGUCCCUAAACAUGUUAAGAAUCAUAAUAUGAAUAGUAUUUUCUAAGCCAUUUUUAAGAAAACCUUAAAUAUUUGGCAGUGCUUUAGCUGAUUCAUUUUAUUUCUCACAUGUAGCAUACAAAUGCUUUAUAUUUAGAGAAUUAAUAUUUCCUUUGAGAUUUAAAUUUUUUUUAAAAUUUAUUCUCUUUAGCCCUGCUUACUCUGGGGCUUAAAUUUAAAAAUAAUCCUGAUAUUUUAUAAAAUUGUGUGUCCAGGAGGAGACAGCCAUCAUGAAAGACUGCGAGACGAGGACGAUGAGCUCCUUCAGUUUGCCAUACAGCAGAGCUUGAUUGAUUCUGGCACGGAGAAUGAUCAGGUUCAUAAGCUCCUCAUUGCUUGCCUUGUCUCAUUCAGAUUAGUUUAGGCCCCACUCAACACUUUUGUAUUGCUGGGUGCAUAAAUACUUAUUUGGUCAGCAUGAAUUUCUUUUCUAAUUUAAAAACAGAUAAUUUUUUAUGGAAGGUGGAAGCUUACAUCCAAUUUCUCAUACAUAAGUGUAAGAAGACGCUUGAUUUGCAGAUAUAUAUUAAACUGUACAAACCUCUUUUUUUUUUUCUUUUCCUAAAAUUGUAAAUUGCAAUAGGCUUUUUUUCCAAUCAUGUAGGUCACAUUUUAUGAGGCACUUAACAAAGGCAAAGAGCCACCUGGACUAGAGGAUGAGGACAAAAUGUUACAGAGGUAAUAAAGUAAAUUCAUAGUAGCUUUUAAAAUUUUUUUUACUGUUGGUAGGUUUGCGUAAAUAAUAAGUUAUGCUCAUGAAUAAGACCAGCCAGUUUGUUUUUUUGUUUUUUUCAUUGAAUAUCACUCUGACUUUGGGGUAUAAAUAUUACCAAUAAGGUAAUUAUAAAAAAGUUAUAAAAAACUGGCUUGUUUUACACACAUUAACUAACACUUUAUGUUUUUAUAAAAUAAUUAAGAUGUAUUUUUAUUUUGUACUGACCCAGGGCCAUAGCAGCAAGUCUGCAGGCUGGAGCUCCACCCGGGAAAAUUGGCAUGCCACCACCACCCAUUCCACGCCCUCAAAUGCCUCUACCAUUUAUGGCUCGGGAAGAUGAAGAUUUCCAGAUGGUUCUAGAGCUGUCCAGAAAAGAACAAGAAGAGGAGGAGAGGCAGCGGAAACUGGAAGAAGAAGAACUUCAAAAAAUUAUUGAACUUUCUCUAAUGGAGAAAUAAGACUUCUGAGCAAUGACAAUUACUGAAUCUUGCUGGACUUGGUCCCAUUGUUGCAAAUGUUUCUCUGAGGUAGACGUAGAUGAACCAGUCCAUCCAAUGAUCUUACAAGCUUUCCAGUGCCAAGAAAAAUCUUUGAUAAGUCCAUCCAAUGAUACAGAGGUCUACCAACUUCUUAAGUCAAAGACACCUUUGUUUUUAUCAUAUUAUUGAGCUUUAAUGGUUUAUUUAGUUUUAGAUUUUAUGAAUUCAUUGCCUUCAAUUAUGACCUUAUGGGGUUAUUUCUUUUUAAAAGGAAAAACAAAUUUUGUCGCUAUACAAAAAGCUAAAUUAGGCAAAACUGUUGUAGGUUUUUACAUUUUCUAACAAGCCCAAAAGUGAAAAUUUAGGAUAAAAAUGUGUACAUAAUCUUAAAAUAAAGCGUGAAAUUUAAUAAGUAUACCUUGAAAUUUGAUUCUCGGUUAAAUUUUUUUUAAACCUUGUCACUCUCGAAUACACCAAUGUACAUAAAUUAUUUUAAACAAAAAAUUCCCUUUGUUUAUAAUUAUCAGCAGAGCUUUUAAAUCAGUUGAUAAAUUUUAAAGGAUACAAUUACAACCAUGUUAACACUACAUUUAUCAAUAUCUUGUUUUCAUCUAAUUAUUUUCUUUAUUUUUUAAAAAUAUUUAAUUAUUUCUUCCAUUUACAACUAUCAGAAAUAUCUCAUUUUAUUUUUAAAAUAUGCUAUUAUUCCGAGAGGAUACCUCCCUGCCUCACAUUUCCUUUAAAAAAUAAAUUUGUUCAAUUUGCAACAAUUAUAUUGUCAGAUUUAAAAAAGAAUACCACACAUCCUACUGAAAAAGAUAUCACUUGAAUUGUAUGAAAGCCUGAUAGGAUUUUAUUAAUCAUUAAUUUCAUGUCACUUUAAUUAAUUGUGCCAAUAUUACAGGGUUUUUUUUAUGUUUCUUUAAUACUAAGGCA